AUGCCAUCAGCCAAUUCCAGCCAUAUGGUUCGCAUCGUCGAAGUCGGGCCCCGUGAUGGCCUGCAAAACGUGAAGGAAAUUAUUCCGACAGCCACCAAGGUCGAGCUUAUUAGAAAGCUAUGCGCGACGGGGCUUCAAAAUAUCGAGGUCACCUCCAUGGUCAGCCCCCGUGCUGUGCCCCAGCUCGCAGAUGGCAAGGCCGUGCUCGAGGAUACCCAAGUCCAACAACUUUUACAAAUACAUCCCCAAACCAGAGCGCCUGUUCUUAUUCCAAAUAUCAAAGGCCUAGAUAUAGCGAUGCAAUACGGCGUCAAGGAAGUUGCAGUCUUUGUGAGCGCCUCAGAGGGCUUCAGUCAAGCCAACAUCAAAUGUAGCGUGCAGCAAGGUCUUGACAAUAGUCGCAAGGUUGCUGAGAGGGCACUAUCUCACGGGAUUUCCGUGCGUGGCUAUGUGUCCUGCAUCUUUGCAUGUCCCUUUGACGGGCCUACACCUCACCAGGCGGUGCUGCACUGCGUGAAAGAGUUACUAGACAUGGGUUGCUAUGAAAUCAGCCUGGGCGAUACCACUGGUGUUGGCGCCCCUACACAGGUGCGCAGCCUCGUUUCGUUUCUGACCGAGGCAGGUAUCCCAGUGGGAAAACUGGCAGGACACUUCCACGAUACAUAUGGUCAAGCCAUGGCAAAUGUCUGGGCGGCGUACCACUGCGGCGUACGCGUAUUUGAUAGCAGCGUCGCCGGACUUGGAGGUUGCCCAUACGCGCCCGGUGCCAAGGGCAAUCUGGCGACCGAAGACUUGGUAUACUCGCUGCACACGGCCGGAAUCGACACUGGGGUAAACCUAUCGCAACUUGUCGACGUAGGGGCCUGGAUUUCUCAGCAGCUUUCUGCUCCCAACUCUAGCCGGGCAGGCAAUGCGCUUCGGGCGGCCCAAAGCACCGCCAAAUCUCGCGACAUGCCGUCUGUUGAAAGCCUGCAAUGGACGCAGAAACCAGCAGACAGGGGCAUCCAAGUAUUCAGGAGUGGCACAAAUCUCAAGCUCGUUUUAAACCGCCCCCAAAAUGGCAACGCUCUCACAGUCGCCAUGAUGGAACAACUCACCAAGAUUUUUGAGGCUGCAAAAUCCGAUCAAACCAUUACACGAAUCGCAAUAACCGCCAAGGGCAAGUAUUUCUGCACUGGUAUGGAUCUGGGCAGGGGCAGCUCGCCAGUUGCCAAAGGCGGUGCAACGACAGACGCACAAUUCAACCGCUUGACACGUCUUUUUGAGGCCAUUGACCACGCGCCGCAAGUUACUCUCGCCCUCGUGCAAGGUCCAGCCUUUGGCGGCGGCGUAGGUCUCGCGUUUGCGUGCGAUAUUCGUCUGAUGACCGCCGCGGCGAGCAUCAAGCUUACCGAGGUGCGGCUCGGCCUUGCGCCGGCCACCAUAUCGAAAUACGUGAUCCGAGAACUUGGCGUUUCGUUUGCGCGCGAAGCUAUGCUUUCCGCUCGCUCAGUUACCGCAAAGGAACUCGUACAAUUAGGCAGAAUUGCUACGGUUGUUGGGCCGGACGUAAAUCCACAGGACGCUCUUGAUGCUUACUUGAUUGGCCUAAAGCAUUGCGCACCGCGGUCCUCGUCAUUGACCAAAGAGCUGGUAAGACUGGCUUGGGAGGAUGGCGGAGGCGGUAGCAAACAGGCUGAUGGCAUCCGUCGAGUCUUUGACGACAUGAUGCUUCCGGACAGUGAGGCGGCUUAUGGACUGGAGCGGUUUCAGGCUGGCAUAAAGGAUAUCGAUUGGGAUAGAUAUACCUUGGGCAAAGCCCUGGCCAAGUCUAGACUGUAA